GACAGUUCUGUUCACUUUGACCUCUGUAGUUGUGCUUGUCAUCACUACUGACUGGAUCAGCUGGGACAAGCUGAAUCGUGGAUUUCUGCCAAGUGAUGAGGUCUCAAGAGCCUUCUUGGCUUCUUUCAUCUUGGUGUUUGACCUUCUUAUUGUCAUGCAGGAUUGGGAGUUUCCACAUUUUAUGGGUGAUGUUGAAGUGAAUCUUCCAGGCUUGCCAUCUGCACACAUGCAGUUCAAAGUACCUUAUUUCCAAAAGAUCUUCAAAGAGGAAUAUCACAUACAUAUAACCGGCAAAUGGUUUAACUAUGGAAUUAUCUUCCUUGUUUUAAUCUUGGAUCUGAAUAUGUGGAAGAACCAAAUAUUUUACAAACCGCAUGAAUAUGGUCAAUAUAUCGGUCCUGGACAGAAGAUCUAUACAGUAAAGGACUCAGAAAGCUUGAAAGACCUUAAUAGAACUAAAUUAUCUUGGGAGUGGAGAUCAAAUAACACUAACCCAUUGACCAACCGGACCUAUGCCGAAGGAGACAUGUUCUUGCAUAGCAGAUUCACAGGCUCUAGCCUUGAUGUCAAAUGCCUGGCUUUUAUUCCAAGUUUGCUGGCAUUUGCUUUGUUUGGUUUCUUCAUCUGGUUCUUUGGGCGAUUUCAGAAAACUGACCAAGGCAUGGAGAAUUUAGACAAAUCAUACACAAGAAUGAAACGAAAGUCACCGUCAGAUAUGGGAAUGACGCGAGAAAAUACACAGGUGUUAGUAGAAGAACCAUUAAGUUUUCAAGAACCACAUCUCGUAUCCAUAAAAUCAGACUUAAGUGAAAUAGUUUUUAACUCUUCUCUCCUAACUUCUGAGAACUUGAAUGCACAACUGAAUGAACAAGAUAGCCCUUUGCAGCCAGUACCAGAGUCCUCUGUCCCUAAGAGUAAUCCUGUGACAUAGAGGCAAAUACCCAGGAAAAUAAGUUUAAAUAAGCAGUUACUAUAAGAUUUCAGUUUUACCUUUUGUAAGUUAAGAUUUACAUAGUGUUUAGAAUAAGAAACUCAACCUAUACCAAAAGGUGCUCAGCAUGCUUUUUCUAGGAAUUUCGUUUUUUAUUUGUAUUAUAGUACGUGCCUACUGUAUAUCUGACAUUCCUUUAUAGAUUGCUUCCCAAAAUUACACAAGCUAUUUAUUAAU